ACUGCUGCAUGUUCAGCCCCUAAGCCAGGCCCAAUGAGGAGGUCUCCAAGCAUCCAGGUUUUGAGCGAGGGAGGUGGGUUUCCAAUGUCUAGUGUUCCCUCAUCUGGGCCAGGUGGGAGAACCCCUUAGGGCAGAAGGACAGAGCUGGAGCCCAGUGGGGCUGGCCGCUGGGCCCUUUACACCUUCCACAAAGUCUCUUCCAUGGGGCUGACCGUGAGCCUGCUCUCCAUUUUCUUGGGGGCCUUUUCUUUUGUCUGUACCGUGGGCGCCAUCUGCACAGACUGCUGGCAGGUGAACAGCAAAGGCUCUGUGGUCCUCAGCAUGCGUUGCCGAGGCCUAUGGGGAGAGUGUGUUUGGGACAAGUUUGUCAAAAUCUGGACCUGCGAUGUCUUCAGUUCUUACCUGAACCCGCAUCCCGGGGCCAUUAUCAUUGCAAGAGCCUCACUCAUCACAUCUGCCAUCGCAGGGGCUGCAGCCUUCAUCUGCCUCCUCUCAGGAUGUCCAUAUUUCCGCUGCUUCCAAGAGGCCACGGCCAAGUGGCGCUGCCUCUGCCUCUCCACGGGAUGCUAUCUCUUUGCAGGCUUUUUGUCCUGCAUUGGCGUGAUCAGAUAUUGCCUGUAUGUCUUCUUCCAGCACCAGUAUGAGGUGUCUCUGAGCAUCCCUGGAUUCCCCAGCUUUGAGUAUGGCUAUUCCCUGUGGAUGGCUGUAGCAGGUGGCCUGGCAGCCAUUGCUGCAGCUGUCACGUCAUACUACGAAGGGGUGCUUCUUAAGACCUUCAGCAUGAGUCCAGCCAAGGAGAUGCCUGCUGGAGAUGCCACUGGGACUACUUGGACAUACGUCUGAGGGAGGGAGGGACCCUAGAGCAUCUUCUGAUAGUGGCAUUUAGUAAAAUGUAAGGUGUUUCUUGCAGGUGUUUCUUAGAGGACCAUCCGAUUCCAUGAUUGUGACCCAUCAGAGGAGCUCAACGAUCAAGGCGGUGCAUAAGGAAACAGACUGUCCUUAACGAGAAACACAGAAAGAUAAAAUCAACAAAAUAAUCCAUAAAAACAUUGUUUAAAACAUCAGCAAAUACUAAUUAGUCGCCUGUGCCCUGUGGAGCUCCUUGCAGGUAGAGGUUUUGGCAGAACUGCCCCUCCCUUCUUUCAGGUGUCUUUUGAAAGCCUUUGCAACAAGAAUUUUAUCCUUUUUUAAGGCAACCAGUAUUUGCUGAUGUUUAAAACAAUGUUUCGAUGGAUACUUUUGUUGGUUUUAUCCUUCUGUGUUUUGUUGCAUCUUGUGAUACGUUUUAUGCAAGCUUAAUUAUAAAUAAAUGUGGCGAGUUGUGAGGCUAACUUUAGCGGGAGGUUGAACAGAAAUAAAAAAAAGCCCUUUGAAUGGCAGAUGUGGCCUGCCCUCAUAGACAAAGUGCACAGCACCCCUGAGCUUGGGCAGAAUUGGCGUCAAAGGA